GCCGCCGCGGCCGGGAGUGGUGCUGCCCGGACGGGGGCCCACGGGGGUCAGUGGGGCGGAGGACUCGGAAGCUGACAGCGCGCACUUCACCCGCAGUUAGUAGCGACGGAGAAGAUAGCUCGCUGAGCUGGAACCCCACAGAUCGCCAGUGAAAAUGAAGGCGGCGGAUGAGCCUGCCUACCUGACAGUGGGAACUGAUGUCAGUGCCAAGUACCGAGGUGCCUUCUGUGAGGCAAAAAUUAAGACUGUGAAAAGGCUGGUAAAAGUUAAGGUACUCCUGAAACAGGAUAAUACUACACAAUUGGUGCAGGACGAUCAAGUAAAGGGUCCUUUAAGAGUUGGAGCUAUUGUUGAAACAAGGACAUCUGAUGGAUCCUUUCAGGAAGCUAUUAUCAGCAAGUUGACAGAUGCUAGUUGGUAUACUGUGGUGUUUGAUGAUGGUGAUGAGAGAACACUGAGACGCACUUCACUUUGCCUAAAAGGAGAGAGACAUUUUGCCGAGAGUGAGACACUUGACCAGCUUCCCUUAACAAAUCCAGAGCAUUUUGGAACUCCUGUAAUUGCAAAGAAGACGAACAGAGGAAGGAGGUCAUCUCUUCCUGUUAACGAAGAUGAAAAGGAAGAAGAAAGUAGUGAAGAGGAAGAUGACGAUAAGCGACGUCUCAAUGACGAAUUGUUAGGAAAAGUUGUAAGUGUGAUAUCAACAUCUGAGAAGACUGAUGGGUAUCCUGCUUUGGUAAUAUCUCCCAGCUGUAAUGAUGACAUCACAGUGAAAAAAGACCAGUGUUUAGUUCGAUCAUUUAUCGAUUCUAAAUUUUAUUCUAUAGCAAGAAAGGAUAUCAAGGAAAUAGAUAUUCUCAAUCUACCUGAAUCUGAGCUCUCUGCUAAACCAGGGCUUCAGAAAGCAAGCAUCUUCUUAAAAACCAGAAUUGUUCCUGAUAAUUGGAAAAUGGAUAUAAGUGAAAUCCUUGAAUCAUCCAGUAGUGAUGAUGAAGAUGGUCCAGCUGAAGAACAUGAUGAAGAGAAGGAAAAGGAAACCAAAAAAGAAGAAGAAGAGGUGCCUGAGGAAGAACUUGAUCCUGAAGAGAGGGACAACUUCCUCCAACAGCUUUAUAAGUUUAUGGAAGACAGAGGUACUCCAAUCAACAAACCACCUGUUUUGGGCUAUAAAGAUCUCAAUCUCUUCAAACUCUUUAGACUGGUUUAUCAUCAAGGUGGAUGUGACAAUAUUGAUAGUGGUGCUGUAUGGAAGCAAAUUUAUAUGGACCUUGGCAUUCCUAUUUUGAAUUCAGCUGCUUCCUACAAUGUAAAAACUGCUUAUAGAAAGUAUCUCUAUGGUUUUGAGGAAUACUGCCGUUCUGCAAAUAUUCAGUUCAGAACUGUUCACCACCAUGAACCAAAAGUAAAAGAGGAAAAAAAAGAGUUAGAAGAAUCAAUGGAAGAGGCUCUAAAAGUAGAUCAAGAAAUGCCUUUAGUAGAAGUGAAGAGUGAACCUGAGGAGAAUAUUGAUUCAAAUAGUGAAAGUGAAAGAGAAGAAAUAGAAUUAAAAUCUCCAAGGGGACGAAGGAGAAUAGCUCGAGAUGCAAAUUCUAUUAAAAAGGAAAUUGAAGAAGACAAGACAGAAGACAAAUUGAAAGACAAUGAUACAGAGAAUAAAGAUGUAGUUGAGGACUAUGAAACCGUGGAGAGAAAAGAAAACGAGUUACUGCUGGGGAGAAAAAAUACACCAAAGCAAAAGGAGAAGAAAAUUAAAAAGCAGGAGGAUUCUGAUAAAGACUCAGAUGAAGAGGAAGAAAAAAGCCAAGAGAGGGAAGAAACUGAAAGCAAAUGUGACUCUGAUGGGGAGGAAGAUGAGGAAGACAUGGAACCCUGCCUAACAGGAACCAAAGUGAAAGUAAAAUAUGGUCGAGGAAAAACGCAGAAAAUCUAUGAAGCUAGUAUUAAAAGCACUGAAAUUGAUGAUGGAGAAGUUUUAUACUUGGUACAUUACUAUGGAUGGAAUGUCAGGUAUGAUGAAUGGGUGAAGGCUGACAGGAUAAUCUGGCCUUUGGACAAAGGUGGACCAAAGAAAAAACAGAAGAAAAAAGCAAAAAAUAAAGAAGACAGUGAAAAGGAUGACAAGAGGGAUGAGGAGAGGCAGAAGUCAAAACGAGGACGACCUCCUUUAAAAUCUACCCUUUCAUCAAACAUGCCAUAUGGUUUGUCUAAGACUCCAAACAGUGAAGGAAAAUCAGACUCUUGCUCAUCUGAUAGUGAAACAGAAGACCUUUUAGAAAAGAAUUUGAUGAAUGAAGAACUUUCUCCUGAUAUUAAAGAACUAGAAAAAAAUGAACACUUGAAUGACGAUAAACUAGAUGAAGAAAAUCCAAAGAUUGCUGCACAUAUAUUAAAAGAAAACGAAAGGACACAAAUGCAGCCUUUAGAAACACUGAAGUUAGAAGUUGGAGAGAAUGAACAAAUAGUACAGAUUUUUGGAAAUAAAGUGGAACAAGGAGAAGAAGUUAAGAAAGAGGCUGAAAAAUCUCCUAAAGGAAAGGGAAGACGAAGCAAGACAAAAGAUCUUUCUUUAGAAAUUAUAAAGAUUUCAUCAUUUAGCCAGGAUGAAGCAGGAAGUGAAUCUCAUAUAGAAGCUCAGAGUCUAGAAUUUUCUUCACUAGACAGUAAAAAUUUUUCCUCUACUGCUGAAGAUGAAAUUGACCAGUGUGCAAAAGAAAAAAAGUUGAAACGAAAAUUACUGGGACAGUCAUCACCAGAGAAAAAAACAAGAAUCGAGAAUGGAAUGGAAAUGACAAACAGCGUAUCUCAAGAAAAGACCAGUGACUGUAUUGCAUCUGAGGGAAUGAAAAACUUAAAUUUUGAACAACAUUUUGAAGUAGAAAAUGAAGAAAUGCCAUCAUUAAUCGCAGAGUCCAACCAACGCAGUCAAGAAUUGACUAGUGAAAAAUUUGACAGUCCAGCUGAAGAAACUGUAAAUACUCCACUAAAAGAAGAAGAGGAUGCAAUGCCUCUGAUUGGGCCUGAGACCUUGGUUUGCCAUGAAGUAGACUUGGAUGAUUUGGAUGAGAAGGAUAAGACCAGUAUUGAAGAUGUAGUAGUUGAAAACUCUGAGUCUAACUCUCUUGUUUCUAUUCCACCUGCCCUACCUCCUGUUGUACAGCAUCACUUUUCAGUAGCUUCACCACUUACUCUCAGUCAAGAUGAGUCUCGAAGUAUAAAAAGUGAGAGUGACAUAACCAUUGAAGUUGAUAGCAUUGCUGAAGAAUCUCAAGAAGGUCUCUGUGAGAGGGAAUCUGCAAAUGGGUUUGAAGCCGGUGUUGCCUCUGGUACCUGUAGUAUAAUUGUUCAAGAAAGAGAGAACAGAGAGAAGGGUCAGAAAAGGCCAAAUGAUGGAAAUAGUGGAUUAUUGGCAAAAAAGCAAAAGCGUACCCCAAAGCGAACAAGUGCUGUAGCCAAAACUGAAAAGAAUGGAACAGGACAAAGCAGUGAUAGUGAAGAUCUUCCUGUCCUGGACAAUUCAAGUAAAUGUACACCAGUAAAGCAUCUUAGUGUGUCUAAGCCACAGAAGCUUGCACGAUCUCCUGCAAGGAUUUCCCCUCACAUCAAAGAUGGAGAAAAAGAUAAACACAGGGAUAAACAUCCAAAUUCAUCCCCUAGAACAUAUAAAUGGAGCUUUCAACUCAAUGAAUUAGAUAAUAUGAACAGUACAGAGAGAAUCUCUUUUCUCCAAGAAAAAUUACAAGAAAUAAGAAAAUAUUACAUGUCUUUGAAAUCCGAAGUGGCAACCAUAGACAGGAGGAGAAAAAGAUUAAAAAAGAAAGACAGAGAAGUGUCUCAUGCAGGAGCCUCCAUGUCAUCUGCUUCGUCAGACACUGGAAUGAGCCCAUCAUCAUCAUCUCCCCCACAAAAUGUGCUUGCUGUAGAAUGCAGGUGA